CUCUCCCUUCCCUGGAAUGCGCCCGUGGCGGUGUCUCUCGGGUAACGGCUUGCGUCUUGUGAAGAAUGGAACAUCGGGCUGCGACUAUAUAACCGGGCACCCUCCUCCAUUCGGGCUGACCUCAGGUUCUGUCCUCCUCCAACGCACUGGACGGGCUUGUUUUAGGUAACUUGCCAGGCUUCGUUUCAUCCCCUCCAGGUUGGCUACAUAGCCGCCAGUUCGCCGCGUCAUGCGCUUCGUCUCAGCUUUACUGGCUGCUGCCAGUCUGGUGGCGGCCGUGAAGGGACAUUGGCUUGGGGACAUUCCCCAUCAAGGUUUUGCGCCCUUUGCUGGCGCCAACUAUCCGGUAUUCCGCAAUGUGAAAGACUAUGGGGCAAGGGGUGACGGCGUCACGGACGACACGACGGCCAUAAACGCUGCCAUCAAUGCUGGAAACCCUUGUAACAAGGGCUGCGCAUCGACAACCAUGACCCCGGCCGUCGUCUACUUUCCUGCGGGCACCUACCUCAUCUCGUCCUCCAUCUUCCCAGCCUACUUCACUCAGCUCAUCGGCGAUGCUGCGGCUCCGCCCACCCUCAAAGCGACGCCAAACUUUGCCGGGUUUGGUCUCAUCGACGGCAAUCCGUACUACACCCCUGUGCUUAACUGGAAGGCUGUGAAUGUCUUCUUCCGGCAGGUGCGCAACUUUGUCAUUGACACAACGGCCAUUCCGCCUGGGACAGCCGCCACGGGUAUGCACUGGCCGACAUCUCAGGCGACCAGUCUGCAGAACCUCGUAUUCAACAUGCCCGCAACCCCUGAUGUCGUCCACGUCGGCCUGUUCAUGGAAGAGGGAAGCGGAGGCUUCAUGACUGAUCUGACCUUCAAUGGAGGCGCAACUGGUGCCAGCAUGGGCAAUCAGCAGUAUACCAUGCGGAACUUCAAGUUCAACAACUGCAAAACCGCCAUCAUCCAAAUCUGGAAUUGGGGUUGGACUUACAGCGGACUUUCCAUCAACAACUGUCAGGUUGGCAUCGACAUGUCUGCAGGGGGUUCCAGCGCUGUCAAUGUCGGCUCCGUUACGCUUUUGGACAGCGCCUUCACCAAUGUGCCCGUUGCUAUCCUUACCGCUUGGACCAGGGAUUCCAAUCCGGACACGGCUGGCAGCCUUGUUAUGGAAAACAUUGCGUUGAACAACGUCCCGAUUGCAGUCAAAGGCCCUGGCGGAACUAUGCUCGUUGGAACAGCCGGGUCCAUGAACAUCGAAGCGUGGGGCAGCGGCCACAGCUACACGCCCUCGGGCCCGGUCGAGUUCGCUGGGGCGGUCACUCCCAACCCACGCCCUGCGGUGCUACUCUCCAACGGGCGGUACUACACACGCUCCAAGCCGCAGUACGAGAACCUGCCGGCAUCCUCCUUCCUCUCGGUGCGCUCGGCUGGCGCCAAAGGUGACGCAUCCACCGACGACACUGCGGCGCUCCAGAACGCCAUCAACACAGCGGUCGCGCAGAAUAAGAUCCUCUUCCUUGACUACGGCCUGUACCGCGUGACGAGCACGAUCCUCAUCCCGCCCGGGGCCAAGAUCGUGGGUGAGUCGUUUCCCGUCAUCCUGUCGUCGGGCGCCUUCUUCAACGACGUCAACAACCCGAAGCCCGUGGUCCAGGUGGGCAGCACCUCGGGCCAAGCCGGGUACGUCGAGCUGAGCGACUUUGUCGUCUCGACGCAGGGCGUGCAGGCGGGCGCGGUGUGCAUUGAGUGGAAUCUGGCCACCAGCGGGACGCCCAGCGGCAUGUGGGAUGUUCACGUGCGCAUCGGCGGCUUCACGGGCACGCAGCAGCAGGUGGCGCAGUGUCUCAAGACGCCGGGCAACCCAACGGUCAACCCCAACUGCCUGGUUGCCUUCAUGGCGAUGCACGUCACCACGGCGGCCAGCAAUUUAUACAUGGAGAAUGUGUGGUUGUGGACUGCCGAUCAUGAUAUUGAUGACCAGCCGAACACGCAGAUUACCGUCUAUAGCGGGCGUGGUCUCUAUAUCGAAGCCGAGAAUGGUCCGUUCUGGCUCUGGGGCACCGGCUCUGAACACCACGUCCUGUAUCAGUAUCAGCUGGCGAACACACGCAACAUCUUUAUGGGCCAGAUCCAGACCGAGACGCCGUACUACCAGCCCACGCCGAACGCCCUCGUGCCGUUCAAGCCCGUCGCCGCGAUCAAUGAUCCCGACUUCACCGCUUCGUGUGCCGGCGUGGAGGGCAACUGCGCGGCAGCAUGGGGCCUGCGCGUCAUCGACUCGCGCGACGUGUUGGUGUACGGCGCCGGGCUGUACUCGUUCUUCACCGACUACAGCACGGCAUGCUCGACCUUCUCGGCGGGCCAGACGUGCCAGCAGCGCAUCACGUCGAUCGAGGGCUCGGCGAGCAACGUGAACAUCUACAACCUCAACACGGUUGGGACGAGGGAAAUGCUCACACGGAACGGGGCGCGGAUUGCGUGGUUUGCGGAUAACGUGAACACGUUCGCGUCGAAUCUGGCCGUUUACAAGAGUGGUUGAGGGAGGCAGUGUGUUUCAACAAACGGCGAGCGUAGUUGGGUAGCUGAUUUCCGCGUCAUAGAGGAUCAUGACUGUUUACCCCUCCAAGGAAUAGCCAACAUCUUUCCCCUGGUUCUCCCUCCCCAGCUCAACCAACCUCUUACGCAACCCCUCGGCUGUCCUCCUUUCCUUCCCAUCCCCCAGCACAGAGAAGUCACACCGAUCCACCCACUCCCCAACGCCAUGCUGCAGCACAUUCCGCGCCCGCUCCUUGCUCCCUUUGGCGUGGCCCACCGACCCAUGCAGCGUCAUUCUCUCCCUCUCUCCGUAAUAAACCCCGCG